AUGGCAGAAAGCGCUGGGUGUAUGGCAAGUGAGAUGUCUCCGAUGCGUGUAAAAGGCCUGGUGGUGACGUCAUGGGUAAGUCAUAACAAAGAUGGCGGACGACGAGGAUGGAGGAGUGGAACGCGCAAAAGAAAGAUGUUCUUUGUUAAAGGCGCUCAAACGAACAGUUAAUCGGCUUAUAAUAACGGACACAGAAAACAACUGGGGUAUAUUAGAGGUUCAAGAAAGAAUCAUCGAUGAUAUAGUACGCAUACUUAGGCACGGACAAAGAGGCAAACAAGUAAGCUUGCGUAAUCUAGUCUAGUCAGCUUUAUACAUGGAAGUAAAACAUGCGCAAACGAAAUUUUGCCUUGAGUGAGAAUUUGUAUGAUAGCUUGAUAACGAUUUACCCAAAGUACAUUCAAUAUUGCGUUGGCGAUGAGAUGUGGUUUGCGAAAUGUAAAGAUUAGAUUUCAGUUUCAACUGACCAUGAUGCGUCUCUUACUUUUAUUUCAUCUCGAUUAAAGCAAAGGUUAAACAGAGUUAAACAGUUAAAGGAACGUGAAAAAAAAAUUACAAAGUACAGUCAACUGUGGAUAGGAAUCAGUGUUGAAAGGCUUUUAUUCUCAAGUAUUGACUCCAUACUGCUACAACCUCAGUCCUACAUCACAUUAUUUGGUGUAUCACUCUUAAAAAAACACAAGGUACAUAAUGUCUUCAUCUUGCUUGCUCAUAGGCAAGAUGAAAGGAAUCAUGUAAUUUGAUAGGCUAUACAAGUGGGUGAAAUGGGCCUAUGUUGCCCGCUUUUGAUUACUCAAUUUCCAAUUCUUUUGUUUUCGUCCCAUACAGCUGUAUGAAACUUAAAGAAUUGUUUUCUCUGAAGCAAUGCCAGUGUGGCAGUGAGCAGACUUCAUACUAAGCUAAAUCAUAAUAAGGAAUUAACCACAAGGAAACCAGAGUAGAAAAAAUACAGUACCGUUCAAAAGUAAUUUACCAGUUGAGACUCAUUUCCUGCGCGAUGAGAAUUGUAUUGCUCGCUACAUGAUUCUUAGCAUGUGCAAUUAGAAUCGCAUAGCCCGUUAAACACUGAAGUGGUAAUUUUUGGCAUAAAUUACUAACGACACGUCCAGCGAGAAACCAACUAAAAAUUUUGCUUAGCAUUACGUCAAAGACUGAGGAAAACGUGUGUUACAUUUAGUGUUAAGUUUCUUGGAAGAAGAUUUCUUUUAGCUUGUCAUUUGCACACUGUUUAGUUUUCGGCUUUGUUUGCGAUCAACAUUUGACACUGCACUUGAUCAUGACUUUUUGUUUGCCAAAACCUGAAAACGGCUUCCACUUUCCUUGAUUUUUUGUAUGAGCAAACUAAUGUGAGAAGAACCAAAUACACUGAAAUCGCUAGCGAUGAGUUUCUCCACUAAAAAAAUUUGUCAGCUCUUUUGAUAUGUGUAGUUAUCAUUCACGUGUAGCAGCAACUUUUGUGCCCACAAGAUCUCAACAACACUGGUAAAAAUUCAGCUUGGUGUUACUGUAUGAUCACGAAAUAAUGUGAGCUUAAUAAACUUGUUCUUUAUAGCUUUUUUAAACAGUCACUACUUGAUUUAUGAAAGAAAGCUGUCUAGAAUUUAACAAGUUUAAUACAGUGGGCAUGCAAAUAAGACAACAGUGCAUUUGUUAUCGUUUACACGUAGUCGCAACUUUCACCGACGAGAUAUCAACAACAUCGGUAAAACUUUCGGUGUAUGAUCACGAAAUAAUGUUAGCUUAAUUUGUUCUUUGUAGCUUUUUAUGUGGAACACUUGAUUUAUGAAAGAAAGUUGCAUGAAUUUAACAAAUUACAGUGGCCAAAUAAGACAACAGUACAUUUGCUGAACAGCAAUUUUUUUUAUGAGUUAUUAAUGAGUUUGACUGGAGCUCUCAUAACCUCUAUUGUUUUACCAUGUGGUCGCUUAUGAGAGGUCACUCUCAAGGAAAAUUGGUUUGAGUUCUCAAGGGUAAAAUUACAUAGAAAUGAUUGAGCUGAAGGGAAACAAAAAAGAAAAUACUUCAAGUUAGCAGGAAGUUCGAGCAAUUGAGUGUUCCAAUAACCUCAGGUAAUAUUACAGUAAAUGUAUGAAGGCCAUCCAGGAGAAAUUGAUUUUGGUUUGAGUCAUCAUGGGUUUGAGUUAUUGGGAGGUGACUGUAGCUGCAAUUAAGAUGUUGCCAGCUGGCUGAGGCAAAAAGAAGUUUGUGCGUGCAUUUGCCUCAUUUUGGGACUGUACUGUAUGCAUGCCCAUACGAUUACCUUCUGCCUUAUUUUUCUGUUGAGGGUCACAAAUUCUCCUACAGUACCUUCAUUCCAUUCCCUUUAGGUGACUUUGGGAUUUAGACAAUCAGCACUGUCUAUUUUCAUUGUGUGCUAAUUGUACAGAUUGUAUCCUGUUAAUAUGAUUUUAUUGCUUGAAAAACAGAAUCAGAAUAGGAGUGUGAUAUUUUUUUAGGGAUUUGAUUAUUCUAUUUUUCUAUCUUCCAGUGUUUGAACCUUAUACUAUUUACGUAGUACUGUGUUAUUAAAAAGUUAAUAAUGUUUUCUACCCUCUAUUACACAAGUUUCAAUUCCUUAGCUUUUUGUUUUCAGUCAUUGCUCCUUGGUAUCUUUAUGUCGAUAAAAAUUGUGUCUGAGCCUACUUAAUAUGAUCACCUAGAUCACCCAGAUGUACAUGUAGAUAAUAUGAACACUAUGACUUGUCCCUUAAUUGUCUCCCCUUUUGAAGUUUGCAACAUGUUUGAAAGGCCCUGUAGGCAAUUGUCUCAUUACUGAUUUUGUCACUGAUUGAGGCGACAUUGAGCAUUGUAAGUAUUUUUUCUUUAGGUGGCUGCUCCAGAGAUCAUCAAAAGUACUGAGGAUGGGCUUCAGCAGGCAUUGCUUGAACACAGUUUAUCAUCAUAUUUGUUAGAGCUGGCAAGUAGCAGAGAACAGUUGCUAUUUUGCUACCAAGGUAUGAAUCACAAAGAUGCACUUACAUGUAUUAGUAGAGCCUCGCUAGAUACUUGCUAUAGAAAUUGA